UCUCUCGUGGCGCAAAAUGGCGGCGGCUCCUGAGGCGGCUUCGGGCUUCCUGGGCUUCGGGGCCGGCUCCCGCGACCCGGCCCGGCCCCUCUCGCGGCGGGCGGGCGGGAAGGGCGCCCGGAACCGCAAGAAGGGCUGGAAGCGCUGGCGGGGGCCGGAGGCCAAGCUGGGCCGGGAGCUGGGAGAAUGGCUGGACGAGCAGGCGGCCGAGAUGCGCCAGUUGGGAGGCCCGGUAUCAGAGAAGCCUGAUGACAGCCUGUUCUUCAUGGACACUGGCAGUGAAGAAAAAGACCGCAAACAGAACCGUGGCAAAGAGAAACCGUUGAGGGUCGACUUGAUCCUACAGAUAGACUCCAAGGUGCCUGCCCCCAAAAACAUCCUUGCCCACCAGAUCCCCAAUGGCAAGAAGAUGAAGCAGAAGCAGCGGCUAUGGGAGAAGCUAGCAGAGGAAGGGGUGGUGCCUCGGAAAGAACGUCUCCUCCAAGAGAGAUUGAAGAAAGCUUCGGCAGCAAAACCUGCUUCUGUGGAAGCCAGCAGCACCGCUAGCCCUUCUAGGGCAUUCUAUGAUAUCUGGUCAGAAUCAAAUCCAUUGGAUCAAGUCCUAGCUGGGAAGGAUACGUGGUUCUUGGAACAGACCAAAAUGCAGCCAGUGAAACGCCCAGGCAGGCUACUGAAGACUCCAUCGCAGCUUCCAGCUGUGGAGGUCAUUGCACCAGGGGGGUCUUACAAUCCCACCUUCCAAGCUCACCAGGCUCUGCUCCUCCAGGCCCACGAAAUCGAGCUGAAGAGGCAGAAGGCCCAGGAGAAACUGGAUCGCCAGCUCAGCUUCCCCACCGCAGCGGAGGCCCCCACCCAGGAAACAGUGUUUCGGGAACAGUGUGAGGGACUUUUGGAGGACGACAACUCUGGCGACGAGGAAGAGGAGGGGAGGCUACCCAAGUCAGAAGAGGAGGAGCUUCAGGCAGAUUCAGGUCCAGCUGCCCCUUUGCCCCUCGCAGCAGCAGGAGAAAAGAAGACAGAGAGGCAGAGGAAGAAGGAAAAGGAGGCCAAGCGGCUGAAAUCCCGGGAGCUGAGUGAGAAGGCAGCACGACUCCGGCGACAGGAGGUUUUCCGGUUGCGCUCCAUCGGGCUGCAGGUGAAGCGGUGGGAGGCAGAGCUGCUGCGCCGGAAACGAGCACGGGAGGCCAAGCGGAAGGCUGAGGCCGACAAGCCCAAGCGGCUGGGCAGACUGAAGUAUGAAGACCCAGAUCUGGAUUUGCAGCUGAGCACUGAAUUGGCGGAGUCUUUGAGGACGCUGAAGCCUGAAGGGAGCAUCUUGAAGGAUCGUUUCAAGAGCCUACAGAAACGCAACCUCAUAGAACCUAGGGAGCGUGCAAAGUUCAAGAGGAAAUACCGUGUGAAAUACGUUGAAAAACGGGCCUUCCGGGAGAUAACGUUAUAGAGCACGGCUCACACCACAACAUUCCGGGAACUCCUCGUCCUUCCUGUUUCAUUAAAAAACACAAAAAAGCCAGA